GACCACGACUCCUCCAGCAUGUUCCUCAAAUCAUCUACAUAUGUCAUCCCCUCUACGAUCUCUCUGAUAAGUCUCACCAUGUCUGAUCGAUUGUUGUCCCUUCCAAGUUCAGUGAAUCUCGUACCUUGAGUUCUGGCGCAGAUGAAGUCAUCCGCUGCCCUCUUUCCCCACAAUGACCUCACAAUGCUGUCAACGUCUCUGGAUGCAGGACCAAGAUUUCCAAAUCGAUGCGUUCAUCAGACCCGGACAUGAAGGAUAUAUAGGGGUGAAGAUUCUUCGUCGUUUGACUUUUCAGACAAAAACUUCUAAAUCAAUUCAGCUAUUAAAAUCUAGCUCCUAAGGAGUAUACAGACUCAGUUAUCUUCAAAGACUUUUCCCUCAUCUCUACCCAAUCAAUCACAAUGCCUCGCGGCGCAGAGUACGACAACGGUGUCCCCCAGAGCGACAAUGCCAUCGAGGCAGGCCAGAACCAAGUCCACGGCACCAACCCCGAAAAUAACCACCUGAACCGCCUCAACAAGGUCGCUGAACUCCCCGACGCCGCUACUAAGUCCGGUGGUGAGCACAGCGCCCAGGGUAGCGCCGGACACCCCAGCGGAAAGGGUGGCCAUGAGCCCAAGACCCUGGGUGAGAACAAGGGAACUGGUGCUCAGGGCGUUUAAAUUCGCAUGAUGGUUUCGGUUUCACGGUGUUUUCGGGUUUGCAUCGUCUCUCUUAAUUGGCAUCUGGGUGUUGGUUCAUUUGCCAUGCUAUGAUAUGCUAUGUGUCCAUGAUAUGUAAUAAUAUGUGGCCGGUAAUUUGCAUUCAAGGCUACUCGUUUUACCUGCGGGAGUCGAA